CUGGCAAAGCAACUGGCCUGUCUGUAUAGCAAUGGGCCUGUUCUUGAAUGGGCGCUAUUGCGCGAAAGGCGAGACCACCCCACUGUUUUCAAUCUCAUCGGGUGUAACAGUUUCGCAUAAUCUAGUCUCGAAUCCAACGGGGCUUCCCAUGUGUAAGGGGCAAAUCGCAGCCUGCAAGCAACUAUAAAUCCUUCAACAAUGCACCCUGUUCCUCGCGAACCGGUCUGGACCUUCAUCGGUCCAGAUCCGCAGGUUGACAAGUUAUCCUCGAUCGAUUCGUCCGUCAAAACCAGAGAUCCAAAAUGCACGGCUAUCGCCGCAGAACAUCGAAAUUGCUAUGCGAAGUCUGUACCGGGAUGGACUAGUCGUUGUCGAAGAUGUUGUUCCGCAUGGUGCACUCGACCAUCUGAACAUAAAAAUGGUUCAGGAUGCGUACACACUCCAGGCAAAGGGCGGAGAUAGCCCGUACAAUUACAAUCCCGGAAAUAUCCAGCAAGAUGCGCCGCCGGUAAAAGAGUUCUUCGAUAAAAAUAUCUUCCUUAACCCUAUUGCAACACAAAUCACCUCCACGGCACUUGGCCCUAGGCCGAAAUGGACUUUUUGCUCCGGGAAUACUGCCAUGCCUCCGACUGAGAGCUGUCCACCUAUGUCUCAGCCGGUGCACUCAGACGCCGACUUUGCGCAUCCCGUUCAUCCAUUCGCGUACGUGAUCAACGUUCCCCUUAUCACAAUGACACCUGAGAACGGCUCUACGGAGGUCUGGCUUGGUACACACACGGAUACGGGAUUGCAUGCGCAGGAGGGACUUCAUGGCGAGCGCGCGAGCGGGCGGAUCAAGGCCGAGGAGCUUGAGAAGCGCCGUGCGGUUCGGGCGCCGUGCCAACCUGUCGUGCCGAAGGGAUCGAUUGUUAUUCGAGAUUUAAGGCUGUGGCACGCUGGAAUCGGUAACCAGGCUCAAAUCCCCAGGGUCAUGUUGGCAAUGAUUCAUUUUGCGCCGUGGUAUCGGAACCCGAUGAAGCUGGAGUUUGCCGAUGACUUGAAAGAAACGAUUGAAGGUCAGAAAGAUGCCGAAGUUCCGGUCGAGUGGGUGAGUCGGUCGGAGGCUAUGGAGAGGUAUUUGAAUCGCGGGUUCGGGAAUGCGUAUGAUUUCAACCAAAGCGCGUGAAGGAAGUUUCAUCGGACGCUUUUGAGAGGAUGUAAAUAGUUUGACAAAAAUCGCAAUCUAUCAGCGAUUAGUAGUCAAUUUGCGAAACACAAGUAUCUCGUAACAUUAUUGUACUGAGCGCAAAAUGAUCGUAUUCAGUAUGACAACCUGUGCUGAGCGUGGAUAUAUAUCACUACCUUCACAAGUCACUAGUUGGUGAUAUUAUGGCUGUGUCGCGACUUCGAGAUAUGUUGAUAACAAACACUGCCCUCUAGCACAGUAUGGGCGAUCCCAUAUGAAGAAUUAUCCCCCAAGUGCAGAAAUCUCCA